AUGACGAGGGAGAUAUUAUAGAUCAUCAGAAGGUACUAAUCUUCAUUCAAUUUGCUGAAUAAGUAGAUUAAUCCCUCUGAACUUAGUAAAGCUUAGAUGCUUGCAUUUCAAAUAUGUGUGACUCCUAAGUGCUCAAAAUUAGAAUUCCAAAAUGCUAUUAAAUCUGCUGUAUACCCCGUAUACUUGGAAUAGGACUGCAUUGAUAUUUAAAUCUCAUUACUCAAGGGAAAGUAUUUGAUAAAAGAAAAGACUCCUAUCAUAAUUAUCAGAAACAGAGAAGUUAAUGUAUAUUUGAGAUAAAUACUGUUAGUAAAACUGAAACAAUCUGAUAUUGAUGAAUGGCUCUUAGGAUUCCUUAAGAUCUUUGAGACUUGUGCUCAUUAACUUUUAGAGAAAGCUAUACAAAAACAUUCAAUUCAAUUGUACGAGAUUAAAGAAGAUGAAGGUAAUAAGUGGUCGAAUAUUGAAUAAUAAAGAUUAGAGCAUUCAGUGAGGCUAUACAAAAAUAUCAAAGAUGACUCUAAAUGGGAAAUGAUAGCUGACAUUAUUGAAACUAGAAAAGCAGCAUAAUGUAAAAAACAAAUUAUCUAGAUGGCCUAGAAAGAUAAAACCCCUGAUCCUCAGCCUUAAUAAGAAGAAGAGAAGGAUAAUCAAGUUAAAGAUGAAAUACCUGACAUCCAUUUAGAGACUGAGGAGAUUAGAGAAGCAAUUAGAAACUUAUAAAAUUAUAAAAGAGCAACAAUUUAAUUACUAGGAUUAAAGAUGAGUAAUAUCGGGACUAUGUUUUUGCAGAAUAUAACUUUUAGUUGCCAAUGUUUAGGGUGUAAUGGCUAAUUUAAUAUCACUUGCAAGCUCCUUAGUUUGAAGCAAAAAAUACUUAGUUUUGAUAGUCCCUGUCCUGUUUGCAAGAGAAACAUAAAGCUAUAUACUAAUUACUAAUUUAUGCAUUAGUAGAAUGUGUAAGAUUGUGCUACAGUAGCAGCAGUUAAUGUGAAGGUAAAUGAAUUAAAAGGCAUAAAUUAUGCAUUCACUUGUGCUACUUGUGAUAAAACUUACAUUUAGAACUAAAAUACACUGACAUUUUUUAUGGAUCUUAAUUGCAUGGAGUGCUAUGUUAAGACCCAUCUUGAGUUUUAAAAUCAUAUUAUGUAUCCUUACGUUGCUGCUCCUGAUAUAAAUAUUAUUAACCCUGGUGAUAAAUCCUAGCAAAUUCAGAGUAAAGGUAAAAAGAAGAAGUGA